UGUCCAUUCGGGUCCAAUCGGGGCCACUAUUGUACUACCUAUGGAUGUUGGGCUUCGCGACGGGUCCGGACAUUAGGAGGUCGGCCGCUGUCGUUGUUGGCCGACUGGUCCGCGCCGUACAUCUGGCCGUAUGUCCCGACCGACCGAUGGUUGGCCUUCAGUUUGAACUUUUAAUAAUGGCUUCAGAGUUAGAAAAGUAUGAAAUUUGUGCCAAAAUUCCUGAUAUUAUUAAACAAGAAAUCAAAAUAUUUCACAUUUUCGACGACACGAGCGGUAAAAACAUAUUGUUUGUGACAACCGGUGAUCGGGUCUAUGGGUUGGGCACUAACACUGACGGAGUGCUGGGUUUGGGACACAACCGACCCAUACAUACACCCAAAGAAAUACUGGGAUUAAGUUCACAUAAAAUACACCACUUUUACAAUGGAUGUGAUUAUGUAUUGGCUGUGAAUAGCGAUCGCAACCGUGUGUUCAGUUGGGGUCGCAAUGAUUGCGGACAACUGGGUAGGGAUAUGCCUGACCAUCACGAACCGGGUGAAAUCACCACGCUCGCGUCACCUGAUUUUACCAUAUGUCAACUGAGUUGCGGCAAACGAUCAACACUAGCCCUCACCAGUGAUAGCCGGCCAGCGAUGGACAGGCGUUUAUGUGGGGCCAGCCCCAUGUGGUGGGCCCAGGAUGAACUAGUUAUGAAACCGAUUGGCAAUAUUCCCAUCGAGAGUAUUAAACAAGUCUAUAUUUAUAUGCAAAAUGAUCCGGCACGAACCAGUAGAACCACCAUAAUGGCUUACACGGGCGCUAAAAUCUAUGUACUUACCGCCAAACUGACCCUGUUGGAGACAAACUAUAAAUCGUAUCAUGAAAUCUAUAUUGAUAAAUAUCAGUUGACGUUUAACCAGGUCACUAAUUGUAAUUUGAAUCAUGUUGAUGAUGAAUUGUCUAGAUUAAAUCACAUUCAAUUCAAUGAAGAGUUUAAACACCUGGCUGAUCUUGGCGCUGGAUAUUUUGGGACAGUAUUUAAGGCACUUAAUCCAAAUGAUCAGCAGAUAUACGCGAUUAAAAGGUGUCGUGUUAAAAGUCAGAUUAAAGAAGACCAAGAGCAAAAAUUAUUGUCCGAAACUAAAAUCAUGAUUGAUUUACGUUCAGAAUAUGUCAUUCAAUACUACUAUUCGUGGUUUCAAUACAACUGUCUGUACAUUCAAAUGGAGUGCUGUUUAUAUAAUUUGAUUACAUUUAACAAAAAUAAGCGCAAAAUGUUUGGCAAACACUACAAGAGAUUCAAUUAUUUCAUAUCAUAUGAUAUAUUCAGACAAUUAGUGGAAAGUGUGAAGUAUUUGCACAAAAAUCAUAUCAUUCACAGAGACCUCAAACCCGAUAACGUAUUGAUUCAGUCCAUCGAUAAGACAACCAAACGAUGCCUUAAAUUAUGUGACUUUGGUUUGUCUAAAGAGAUGAACAAAUACACCGAUGCCUUCAAAAUGACUGAUUUAGACAUUCAAUUCCAGGCACCGGAGGUGAGCACCGGGUGCUAUGACCACAAAAUAGAUGUCUAUAGUCUGGCAAUGAUUGGGGCAAAUUACUUGCAUUGAGACAAAUGAUGAAGAAUU